UUACAAAAUACCGUGAAUAUAUAUAAAUUAUCAAGCUAAUUUUUAUUUUUAAGUAACUUUAAGUCUUAAACAAGUAUGAAUGGUGAGUUUUAUUGCAGCUUAUAUGUGAUUAACACCAGAAACUAACUGCGCUGGACGGGGUGCCAAAUCAGCUGGCAUAGAGGAAACAUUGCACAACUGCUGCUGCUACUGCUGUGAGAGAACCUAUAGUGACUUGGCUGUCGGUGCAGAGGGGAGAUGCUGCUGAUGCUUGUGUCCCUGCUGUGCUGUGUCCCUGCAGCCAAGGCCUGUCUGCAGUGUGACCGCAGGAUCAGGCUCCUACAUGAGGACUUUGUCCUGUCUGGUCCUACCGUUAACGACCAGAUUGAACUGAAAAAGAUUUGUGACCAUGCCUAUGUGACCUACAGGGAGACUAGCCAGGAGCGAAGAGGAGUCAUUGAUCCCACCACUCUGUACAGAGCCAGAACUGAGUACCAGAGUGAAUUUGACCGCUUCCUGAAAACCACGCACACUGGAUCUGUAACAUCUGAGGCCAUUCAGAUUAUGGAGAAAGGCAGGAAGAUCUUAGAAAAACACUUGGACGCGUUCAUCCGUGAUGGAUUGUGCCCUAACAAGUGUGGGCUUCUGAAUCGAAGAGUAAUGGAUUGCAUCUCUUGCCGCUACAAGAUACACAUCUGUCCCUCUCCCUCUGGCCAGCAGGAUUGUGGUGAGUACCCAGUGCAGGCUGAGGAGGGAGGCCAGGCAGUGUUGAACUGUUUCCUCCCAUGGCAUCGUCUUCUGUUGGGAAAACCAGAGUACCACUACUCCUGGGCUCCUGGGUUGCCUGGAACCAAAAAGCUGGCUGAGAGUGACUUCAAAACGUUGGUAGUCACAGCCGACUCAUCUGUGAUCUUAAAUCAGCUCCAUGUGGAUGAACAGGGGACAUAUCGAUGCUCACUGCUGGGCCGAAACGGAACCAACUUCUACCGAGUCACGUUCCCACUUACCGGUACAACGUUAAGAUUCACCAUCACAAAUGUGUCCCAGAUAAUUCAACUCCAAGAGCCUAAAAGUCACCCGUUUGCCUGCCCAAACUCACCGACCUCUCAUCACUCCGCCCCCCCCGCCUCCCGGAGACAACUACUCACCUUUUCAAACAACCGAGGACCUGCUGGUGCCAGUCAUCGCCAUGAUUUCAGCUCUGAGCAUAGCAGCGAGCAUGGGCCUCACAGUUGUUCUGGGAAUGAUGAUGAAUCGGUGGAGAGCCACGGAGUAGCCGAGGAGAAGGAGGAUCACACAGAAAACGGUGUGAUGAAUAUUCUGUAUACAGUAAAUACACACUUUGACAGGAAGGGUUUACUCACCUGACACUGGAUACUUUUCUCUGUGGUGAAAUAAAUUUCCCAGCACAAACGGCCAAGUCACGUCUAGAAAGAACGUGGAAGUGAGAAAAUAUGAUGGCUUCAUGUAAAUUUGGUUACAUGAAGCAUAAAAUACACAAGGGUGUCUAUGUGGGUUUAAUAAGUAUCUUUUUUAUCUUUUAACAAUGACAGAAAACUGACAGUGUGAAUCAUGGUGAAUCAAACACUCAUAAAACAGAAAGUUUGUGGUGUAAUACAACCAGAGCGUUAAAUACACACAUGCAGUAGAAAUUCCCCAGAAACCACUCAACUUUCCGUAACAAUAAGCACCGACUCGCCAAAGCACAUCAUUGAUCAGACCCCAGCAGGGACACGUUUCUCCUGAAUGGGGAGGAGGCGUUGUCACGUGGGCGUUUAUAAGAGGAAUCAGGGAUGAGGUAAAUCUCUCUGGAUUACAGUGUUUCUCUGAGAUUAAUGGCCCCAGCCAACCAAUUAAUCCUGGAUAAUCCCCCUGUGGGAGGAGGAGGGUAGACGUGGAGGGUCAAAAGCUAGCAGCAGAUGUUUUGAUCAGGGUUUCUUUUAAUGUUUAUUUAGUCAUAUAUUCAUUCACAGGAACUGCGUGAUGGCACAUUUGCAUCACUUGUGAUGUCCUUAUCACUCUGAAGUCACCCUUUCCCUGCAACCCCCUCACCACUUGGUCAUUUUUAGUUUCCUUCUACCUACAGUAUGGCCUCUGUACAUUUUGAUGACAUAAGCUGUCUCUAAUUCAAAAAUAGUCACCUCUGUUUACGCAAGAAGUCCUGUCAUGAUCUCCACCACCUCCAAGUCAUCAAGUCUACAAGUCAGUCACGUGUGAUAAUUCUGCUCACAGUUGCCUUUUUUGUCAUUCAUGCCUUACGCACAGCCAGCACCAAGCUGGAUGUCGAUGUAAAGGUUAAAUUUCCUGUCCUAGGACAACAAAACAUCAACAAUAUCACACCCACACAACGAUUUGCUAUCAUGGGAAAGAUCAAGAAACAAAUGAAAAAUGAAAGCGAGCGAUUGAGUCACCUCUGAAAUCAUUCACCAUUGUUCAGGGUUUUCAGGGUAAUUUCUGACAAACUUUAUGAAUCAGGGAUAGUCUGUUUGGAUAAUGAUCUAUGACAAAUGCAACAGAGGUUGUG